CCCGGGGAAGGCAACAUCAGGGUUGGGUUGGGUUGAGAGUCUUCCCUGGAUGACUCCUUCCUCGGGACCACGCCUCCCAAAUCCCAUGAAACCACCAACUGCUUCCAGGACGGAGAUCCCCAACCUUUGGGUACCCACCUUUAUUUAACUCCGCAAAUCUAAUUGUCCAGAACAAACGAAACAUAACCCUCGUUGAAAGCCGUCUACCACCAUCCGCGGGCUCCGGCAACCGUCGCCUCCGAGCACUUCUCUCUCCCUCCUCUCCGGCCCUUCGCUUUCGCCCUCCAUUUCCCUCUUCCUCUCAAGCUCUGAGCUCUCGGAGCUCCUCAAAUGGCGGUCCAGAGCCCUCCCUCGUAGCUCUGAGAGGUGGAGCUCUCUGGUUUCCUCUCAAAGUGGGGUCUUUGGUGCUCUAGUUCCAACAAACGAGCAAAGAUUGGGCCUUUUUGAUGCUCUGAGCUGGGAAACGAGCGAGUACUUGGGAUUCAUGGUGUUUCAUGCUUUUACUUCCGAGUGAAUGCCGAUUUCUCGCUGUUAGCCGGUGGGAUGAAGCGAUCUCUCCGCUUUCCCUUUAGCCUUCUGCUGGUGGUCGCCGUCUUCACCGCCCUCAGCUGCCGGGAGGCGCUCCGCCGUAGCAUCGGUGACGGAUCCUUGGUGGCAGCGGCGUCGCCGCCCCUUAACACGACGCUCCUGAGGCUGGCGGCUGCGGAGGUGGGGGAGGCGGAGCUGCGAAAGGAGGUGGAGGACCUCCUAGACGGGAACUUCCCACCCGGCGUCGGCGGACGCCGCGGGGGGCCGCGCCGCGUCGCCUCCGCCUGGCGGCGAGAGAACCACCUGGAGGCGCGGUUUCCGAUCCGUCUUCGGUCACCUAAGAACUACCGGAUCUUCCCGGAGUUCUGCCGCACCCUCCGCGACUGGUUCCGGAACCGCCGCUUCCAGCCUGAGGUCAUGGCGGAGCUCGCCGCCCUCGUCAAGGGCCCCAUCGACCGCCACCUCGGCCGCGUCGACGCCGGCCGCCGCCGCUACGGCUCCUGCGCGGUCGUUGGUAACAGCGGGAUCCUCCUCAAGAGCAAGCACGGCGAGUUGAUCGACAGCCACGACCUCGUUAUCCGCCUCAACAACGCCCGCACCAGCGGCUACCAGCGGAACGUUGGAUCAAAAACCGGCCUUUCCUUCGUGAACAGCAACAUUCUCCACCUCUGCGCUCGGAGGGAAGGCUGCUUCUGCCACCCCUACGGUGAGGACGUCCCCAUGAUCAUGUACAUUUGCCAAGCCGUCCACUUUCUCGACUACACCAUCUGCAAUUCCUCCCACAAGGCUCCCCUCCUCAUCACGGAUGCCCGGUUCGACGUGCUCUGUGCUAGGAUAGUGAAAUACUACUCUCUGAAGCGGUUCAUUGAGGAGACCGGCAAGCUGCCGGAGGAGUGGAGCAAGGCCCAUGAUGAGAAAAUGUUCCAUUACUCAUCAGGAAUGCAGGCAGUGAUGCUUGCCUUGGGAAUUUGUGAUCAAGUUAGUGUUUUUGGAUUCGGGAAGUCUGCUGAAGCAAAACACCACUACCACACCAACCAGAAGGCCGAGCUGGAUUUGCAUGAUUAUGAGGCAGAGUAUGCCUUCUACGGUGACCUGGUCGAGAGGCCGCAGAGUUCAGAUGGGUGCAGGGCAAGCGACCUGACUUUUCUGGCUUUCUACCUAGGGAAAAUGAAUAGGAAAGGCAAUUAUCUUCCAGAUGAAAUUGAGUUAUCUGGUUACUACAAUGAUCUAAAUUGGUGGCAAGUGGGCUUUGAAAUGCUCCCGUUGCAAGAUAUUAUUGCAUACCUAAGUUACUUCUGCAAUAUGCUACAUUGCUUGUGACAUUAGAUCAGUUAGUUGUGUAAAAAAAAAUUGAAGAUGAAACACAAGAAAUUCUUUGAUGCUAGGUGAGAUAUGUUAAUAGUAACUGCUCUAUCUACUUGUCAUAUGAAUUUAGACUGCCUUUCAUCUGGCUCAUUGUGCAUUUCCCCACCCUCCUUUGAUACCAGCAUUCCAUGCAAUGGGGCAGUAACUGCAUAUAUUUACUGCAGCAGUUUCUUUUCCUAAAUGUAUAGGUGAUUCUUUACAGCAGUUAAGUAUCUUAUUCUUCUGGUCUUUAACUGACUGACUUUCCAUAGGUAGCAUAAUUUUUGUGACUGAAAAUUUUGGUUUCCAUAUCUCAAUUUUUUUCUUAUUAUCAUAUAACAAGGUUUAAAUAUUUACAUUAUUUAAGAGAAGCAUAUUUAUUACUUGUCUGUGCUUAGUUGCAUUCUGUAAAUAAGCA